AUGCGUUGCUCCACCAUCCUCGCCGCCGCUACCAUGGUUAUCCUCUCCGUCGUCUCUGCUCAGACCGUGCCCGACCCCUCCCUCGUCGCCGCUUGCAACACCUGCCUCAACAACGCCGGAAUCGCCGCCGCCCCAGCCUGCAAUGGCCUCCAGAACACCAACCUUUUUGCCCCCUCCGCGACGCUUAGCGACAAGCAAAAGACCUGCUUGUGUGGCCUGGUCGCCAACAAGACCUGGACCAACGCGUGCGCAGGAGCCGACAAGUGUCCCGCAGAAUUGUUCCAGCAGUUUAAAAAGGCGUAUGAUAGCCUUGCAGCCGCCCCUGGUACCUGCGAUAACGUGUCUGCCUCUACUAAUGGUGGAAGUCGGUUCUGCGGCGCCUCGUCGGUCAAGGUUGCUGCUGCUGGCGCAGCUGCUGUGGCUAUUGCUGGUGCCCUUCUGUAG